AUGGCUGCCUUCGUUCCGGUGAAAUGCCGAAAACCAAAGAAAAAGCCUCCUACGGAAAUAAAAAAGGACAGUGUGAUAAAGAGGUUGACAGAAAUAAAGUAUGACCUAUCGUCUACACAGUUUUAUAAGAACCUCAAUGAUAGUUUAAGGAGCCAUUUUGAAGAAUGCGGGACCAACUUAGACAUUGUAUGUUAUGGACUGGGAAGUUUUGUUGAGUCAUACAUCGCUAAAUAUCAACUGGCCCUGUUACAUGCUCUGAGAGAAAAUUUACAGGUAAGGUCCGAACAGUGUGAAGUUUAUGAUCCAAUUUUCACUGCCGAUGAGAAGGGCGUGUUAGAUGAGCUGGGAUUUACAGUGUUAAGUAAAAAUGAGGAAGGCAAAAGACAGUGUAACCCAGACCGGACCACAUUGUUCUAUCUUCCGCACUGCGGUAAAGCUCUGUAUAACAAUGUGUUGUGGGCUAACUGGGGUCCCCAGCUAGGAAGGGUUGUCAUUGUUGGGAACAGCUUUGACUCCAUGAUAGAGAGGACUCCUCAACGAAUACUGGAGCACACUGCAAAUUAUGUAGUAAAGAUUAAACAAUAUACCAAAGAAUCUCCAUUAGCUGUUCCUGAUCAAUACAAUGAUGUGUUCAAUGACACAAGUGUGAUGAGUUUUCCUGACGAUUUACUUCAAGAAGUGGACUCUGAUAUCUGGAAGGAGAAUGCAGAACCUGUGUAUGAAACUGAUGAUGCAGAAAUAGUGCUUGAUAAGAAUAAAACAGAUGAAAUGUUUAUUACAGAAUACUUAGAAUAAUAAUAAUAAUAAUAAUAACUUUAUUUAAAGAAGGUAACACAUUAAGACAUAGGCAUCAUAUUAUAAACAAACAUAACACACGACUUAUUUACAAUGUGGCCUUCUGAAAGAAACAUACACACGCACACACACAUAAAUGCUUAGAAUGAAAAUGCAAGCCAUAAAUCUAUGUUAUUUCAAAAGGGUAUGUAUUAAAAUGUUAUACGAAAACAUAAAGAAACAUGAAUAAAAUACAUUAAUUAUAACAUCAAUGCCGAACAAUACAUCAAUUUGUACCUAAAGGUUAACAAAUCAUAUCAUUAAAAUUAAUUAACUUACAGUAGGACAGUCACACAUGUAUUUAACACCUUACUCGAGAUAUAUAUAAUGUAAAAACAAUAGUCAUGGAAUUAUGCGUACAAUUUUUACAACGGUUUUUGCAAUUGAUUAUGUAAAAAGAACUUUUUGCAGCAGGCUUUAAAUGUCUUUUCCGUGUUCGAUUUACGUAUUCGUUCUGGUAAAGAGUUCCAAACUGUCCCACUGUAGCAUGCAAACGAGUGUUUCUUGUAUUGAGUUUUAUGUCGAAUGUGGGCAAUGUCUUGUCGCGUAGAAGAUUGCAAUCCAUAUCUUGUAUUGUUUGAUAACUUUAUAAUGUCUCUUAUAUAACUCGGUGUAAGAUUGUUAAUAGAUUUAUAUACCAUAACAGCCGUCUUAUAUAUAUAAGAUGAAAUAUCUCUAAGAUUAUGGUGUACUUUUAAAUUGAUAAUAUUUUUAAGAUGUGUGUCAAAUACUCAUUUCGAUAUGUUAUGGAUAGUUAAAAUUUGUAAAUUGUUUUGUUUGCUGGCAAAUAAAAGUUUCUAAAUC